AUGCAGCCAAGCUUCAUCAUCGGCAAUCUGCCCUCUUUCCUGAUUAUCCUGGGCUUCGCGUACUUUCUGACGCUCGCCCAACGUGUCCGAAAGAACCCUCUCUCCUCGCUCCCGGGGCCCCGAAUCACAAAAUGGACCGACCUGGUUCUGAAAUACUACACCGUCCUCGGCCAGCGCCCGCGAUACGUCCACGCUCUGCAUGAGAAAUACGGCCCCCUCGUCCGCGUCUCCCCCACCGAAAUCGACAUAAGCGACAUCCCCGCGGCGCGCGAAAUCCACCGCAUCGCCAGCCCCUUCCUCAAGGCCCCCUGGUACCGUCUCCUCAACCGCAAAGACGGCGAGAGCGUCUUUUCAACGACGGAUCCAGAGUACCACCGCCGCCACCGCCGACUGUUGUCAUCCCCACUCUCCGACUCGAAUUUACGGAGUGUCAUGGAACCGCUCGUCCGCUCGCGCAUCGACCUGGCCAUCGAGAAAAUCCGCAGCGAAGCCUCUUCCCGCCGCGGCGUCGCAGACAUCUACAAGUGGUUCUUCUUCAUGGCGACGGACAUCAUAGGCGAAUUGAGUUUCGGCGAUUCGUUCCGGAUGCUGGAGAUUGGGACGAAGAACCAGUACAUCGCGGACCUGGAGACCGUCGCGAAGAUUGGCGGGAUCCGCGCGACGUUUCCGUUCGUCAUGGCGGUUGCGGGGAUCCUGCCCCUGUCGAUCUUCAGGGAGGUUGUUGAGAGCACGGAUCGGAUUGUUAGCUAUGCGAUGCAGAGCGUUGAGCGGUACAAGGCGCACUUGGCGCUGAACCCGGAUGAGGCGGGGAGGAAGCCGACGCUUUUUACGAAGCUUUAUGGGGCGAGCCAGGGAGAAAGUCAGAAGAAUGGAGAGGAGUGCUUGAGUGAUCGGGAGAUUCGAAACGAUGCGCAGUCGUUUAUUAUUGCGGGGAGUGAUACCACGGCGAAUACGUUGACGUAUCUUGUCUGGUCGGUGCUUAGGGAUGAGAAUAUCCAGAGGAAGCUUGUGGCUGAGCUUGAGAAGAGUCUUGGAGGUACGGAGAAGGAGCUUUCGGAUUCCGAGCUGAGAGAGCUGCCCUAUCUCAAUCAGGUUAUUAGCGAGGCGCUGCGGCUGUAUCCAGCUGUCCCGUCGGCUUUGCCUCGCGUUGUCCCUGAGAAGGGGAGUACGCUCGCUGGGUACUGGCUGCCUGGUGGAGCGACGGUCACGACGCAGUUGUACUCGCUGCAUAGGGAUGCCGAGACCUUUGAUGAUCCCGAGAGGCAAGACCUUCACCAGGAUCAGUAUACUAAUCAAGCUAACUAUGAAACUAGAUUCGACCCCUCCCGCUGGGAAUCGCCCAGCAAAGAGAUGAAGGACGCCUUUAUGCCAUUCGGUGCCGGAUCGCGCAACUGCGUCGGAAUCCACCUCGCACGCAUGGAGCUGCGUCUUGCAACGGCCUCGUUCUUCCGUGCUUUUCCGACAGCUACUGUCUCGACGAAAGAGAACAUGAGCGACGCAGAUAUGGAGCAGACGCUGCAUUUCCUGCUCUCGCCCAAGGGGAAGAGGUGCCUGGUGGAGGUUUGA